AUGGACCCGGUCACAAUAACAACCAGUGCUUUGGCUGUGGGUGGCUUUGCCCUCAAGUCCUGCAUGGCGCUCCAUGGGAUGAUACGCAGCUUUCAAAGCCAGAACAAGGACGCCCGAGCUCUCAAAGCAGAAGUCAGCGAUUUGACUGGGGUCUUGAGCUCCUUGCUAGAGACUAUGGCUAAUCAUCCAAACCUGGACUUCCACUCCCUCGAGCGACCGCUCCAACGCUGCGGCAAUGCGUGCGAUGAGUAUAGCAGAAUCAUCGCUCGAUGUAUGAAACAUUCGAAUGAAACAUCACGUUCAAGUGUGCGGGACUGGGUUACGCAGAAAUAUCUCCAGGGAGACAUCAACGACUUUAGAGCUAUGCUAGCCGCACACAAGUCCACUAUUAACAUUGCUCUCGCAAAUGCAAACCUACGUAUUGCCGCUAUAUCACCCGAGGUCCUCAUAGACUACAAGGACAUGAUCUCCGACACUACAACCGACCUGAACAAUCACCUAAAAGACGUACAAGAGAAAAUUGAUCGUCUCAAAGCCGGAGAUAUCACAGCUAUCGAUGAUGUCGCUAUGGAGUGGCAAGCAAUUCUUGAGGAAAAGGAGACCACCCAGCAAGGUCUCAAGAUGUGUGCUCAGCUGUCUGCUCAGAUCAUGCAACUUGAAUCGUCAUCAAAGGAGCAUGCUCAGUUCUCAAGACGUCCAUCGGCACACAAACACAUCAAAACUGGUCUAAGCGAAGUCAAGGGGCCUCUCCUGUCUCUCGUGGCUCGCUUGCAGACCCACGAGGCUCAGAUUAGCAGCCAGAUGGAGGCCAUGUCUUUGGAGGAGGUGCUAUCCGAACCGGUCAGCACACAAUUAGCACGGCUCCAGCAAACAAAGGAUAGCAUUAGCCAGUGCAUUAAAGUUGUGUCCGAAGCCGGAGAGCUUGCCAAUGAGCGAAGUAACGUCUUUGAAGAUAUCACACUGGCAGACAAUAGUUACGCAUUUUCAGUCUCCACAGUCAAUGAUCUGGUAACAGCCAGGCAACUCAACCUCAAAGGACGCUCGCGACACUUUGGCGGACAGGUAACAGACGAAACUGUGCAAAAGUCUAUUGAAGCUUUGACGCAGCUAGAUGCAGAGUAUAUAAGGUCUUCAAAUGGCACGCAAAGUCAACAGCACGACCCAUCAGUCUGUGACCUGGAAGACCCGAGUAGUGCCAAGGAAUUCUUUGAUCGUUUUGGACCUGGAAUUACACUGACAGCUAACAAGCUGGAUUGA